AUGCCCGAGCUUGCAGAAGUUGCGCGCAUUGUGCAUUUUAUUCGGCAGCACUUGGUUGGGAAGACCCUCUCGAAGGUACAAGCGCAACACGAUGAUAUCGUUUAUGGGAAAGUUGGCACAACAGCUGCAGAAUUUCAAAAAGCUAUGCAAGGGAAGAAAAUAGUAGGAGCUGGUCAGCAAGGAAAAUAUUUUUGGAUCACAAUGUCAUCACCACCGCACGCAGUCAUGCAUUUUGGCAUGGCGGGCUGGUUGAAAAUCAAGGAUGCCGACACAUAUUACUACCGAUCUGACAAGCCUGCCGACAAGGAGUGGCCACCCAAGUACUGGAAGUUCCUGCUGGAGACGAGCGAUGACCCAGCAACAGAGGCUGCAUUCGUGGACCCUCGCCGACUCAGCCGUAUACGAUUAGUCGAUUGCCCGGCUCACGAAAUCCGGAAAUACACGCCUCUGAAGGAAAACGGCCCGGACCCUGUUGCAGACAAGGACAUUGUCACGGAGACAUGGUUGAUGGACAAGUUGAAGAGCAGAAAGGUGCCUAUUAAGGCCCUUUUGCUGGAUCAGGCCAAUAUCAGUGGAAUUGGGAAUUGGAUGGGUGACGAGAUUUUAUAUCAUGCAAAAAUCCACCCUGAACAGUAUAGCAACACUCUGAAUAAUGACCAAAUAAAGGAACUCAACACCUCUAUUCAUUAUGUUUGUUCUACAGCCCUCGAAGUACUGGCGGACUCGGAAAAAUUCCCAGAGCACUGGCUUUUCAAACAUCGAUGGGGAAAGGGAAAGAAGAACCAACCAGCAGCUCUGCCAAAUGGAGACAAAAUCACAUUCCUCACAGUUGGCGGCCGUACAAGCGCUGUUGUUCCAGCAGUCCAGAAGAAAACCGGAGCUGUUGCGAAAGAAAUUGACGAAGAAGCCUCUGACAUCAAGUCCGCCUCGAAGAGAAAGCGUGUUGUGAAGCAGGAAAGUGAUACGGAGGACGAAAUUUCGGAGCCGAAAAGCCGUUCGCAAAAGAAGACCGCCGGUAGAAAUGUGAAAAAGGAGGGAGCCGAAUCGAAACCAAGUACAGAGUCGCUCGGAAGGCGUCGCUCUACCCGGUCACGGAACUGA